AUGCGGUUUGAGCAAUUGGAAAUGGCUCAUGAACUCUAUGUGACAUACGCAAAGAACGUCGGGUUUGCUACUAAGAUACGAAUGACAACCUGUGAUAAGAUCACAAAUCUACCCAUUAACCAAGCUAUUCACUGUAAUAGGGAUGGGUUCCGUGUGUCACGUGUCAAAGCGUCAACGCGAAAGAACAGGAUCUCAGCCGCUGGGUGCAAGGCAAGGAUCUACGUGAAGUUUGACAAGGAGACGCAAGACUGGUUUUUCUUCAAGGUGGAGCUGAGUCACUCGCACCCAUGUUCAGCGAGAAAGGCGAUGCACUACCAUGAGUAUAGGAAGCUGACCAUGCAUGCGAAGUGCGUGAUCGAGGAUAAUGAUGAGGCUGGAAUUCGACCAAACAAGACUUUCCUAGCUUUGGCAAAUGAGUCUGGGGGCCCAUCUAACCUGGGAUACUCGAAAAAGGAUUUACGAAACUAUAUUACAGCUAGGCUUCGAACUAGCAACGUCAACAUCGAUGUCAGAGAGAUGAUGAACUAUUUCAUGAGAAUGAAGGACAUCAAUCCAAACUUCUUCUACGCGGUAAAUUUGGACGAUGAGUGUAAAUUUCAGAGUGCAGUAUGGGUAGAUGCAAGGUGUAGGGCGUCGUACGAAUAUUAUGGAGAUGUUGUGUCACUUGAUAGCACAUACAGCACAAACAAGCAUGGAUUACCGUUUGCGUCGUUCGUUGGUGUCAACCACCAUGGUAAGUCGACCAUCCUUGGUUGUGCUCUUCUUGGAAAUGAGGAAAUCCCAAGUUAUGAGUGGGUUCUCCGCCAAUGGGUCAAGUGCAUGGGAACUGCUCCAGAGCGGAUCAUCAUCGAUCAAUGCAAAUCCAUUUUUCAGGCAAUAAAAAAUGUGUUACCCGAUACACGCCACUAUUGGUGCAUCUGGCACAUUACGAAGAAGUUACCGCACAAGCUUGGAGGUUAUCGCCGGUACAGAGAGUUGUAUGAUGAAUUCAAUGAUAUUGUGUGGAACUCUCGAACCGAGAAGUCAUUUGAGGAUAACUGGUAUGAAUUCAUAGACGAGCACAACUUACAUAACAACACAUGGCUGUCAGACCUCUUUGAUGAUCGACGCAUGUGGGUCCCAAUAUUCUUCAAGGGUGAAUUUUGGGCUGCCAUGAAGAGCACGCAAAGGAGUGAGAGCAUGCACUCAUUCUACGAAAAUUUCUUACACAGUCGGACUAGCUUGGUCCAAUUUGUUCACGAAUAUGACAAUGUGCUUGGAAUUAAGGAGCAAAGAGAAUUGGAGGAUGAUGCAGCAGACUCGAGAGGGGUUAUCCCUUGUGCAACGAGCUCACCUAUGGAGAGACACUUUCAGCAGUAG